AUGUGGUGGCCAAGUGGUGCUCCUCUCGUGGAGCUUCUUAUACUGGCGUCGCUGGUGAUCGGCAGAGUCGGCUGCCUGAUCUGUACGCGCCGCCCGGCCAAUACGGCCUCGCCCAAAUCUCCGGUGGAUGAGAACUUUGUGAUAAGCGUAAUGGGCAAUCCGGAAACGUACAUUCUCGGCCAGGAAUACAACGUCUCUCUCAAUGCAUUCAAUGGCCACCGCUACAUCAGCUUUAUCAUGGCCCUGGAGAAUGAGAAUGGUGACUUUAGCUACAAGGACGACUUGGGUCGCUUUGAGCUGGCCGAUCUGAUCGAGACCCGCUUCAGUCCCAACUGCAUCAACAUGGUGGAGAACACCAAUACGAACCCCAAGACGCAUAUGCACCUGACCUGGGUGGCGCCCAGUGAGCCGGGAAGCGGUUGCAUCCUGAUCCGGGCCACCGUUCAGCAGCAUCGCGAUGUGUGGCACAUGGACGAUGGAGGACUAACGCGUCGCAUCUGCGAGGAGGUCACCGAUGAUGUGGAGAGUCAACCAACUGUUCCUGCGGUGGAUGUUCCUUGCUGCGCAUGCGAUGAGGCCCGAUAUGAGCUUAUAUUUGAAGGCGUCUGGUCUCGGAAUCUGCAUCCCAGAAACUUUCCUGCUCGAGGUUGGGAGACUCGUUUCUGUGAACUUCUCGGAGCGGCCCACAGUUCGGAUUAUCGCUUCUGGGAAUCUGGAGCACUUGCCAGUUUGGCCAUGAAGCAGUACGCCGAACACUGCAGUUCUCGUCUUUUGGAGCGAGAGUUUAGCAUCAAUUUUCGGGAUCAGAAAAUACGCACUAUUAUCAAGGCUAGGGGACCAUCGUAUCCCAAUAUGAGCAGCAAGACGAUGGCUUCGGUGAGAGUGGAUCCUCUGCAUCACAUGGUGUCCUUUGCCUCCAAGAUAGAACCCUCUCCGGAUUGGAUUGUGGGCGUGUCUGGACUGGAACUGUGCCUGCGCAACUGCACUUGGCUGGAGGAGAAGGUCAUUAAUCUGUAUCCAUGGGAUGUGGGCACAGAUGCGGGUCCCACCUAUACGUCAGCUGAUCAGCCCCAAGUUCCGCCAGAUGUCAUUAGACGUAUGCGUUCCGACUUUCCCAACGAUCCACGGUCACCUUUCUACGAUGAAUCUGGGGCUCCCAUGAAAGCCAUGGCCAUUUUAACAGUGAAGCGUCAGCGAAUAUAUGAGAGAAGAUGUGCGGAUGAGGAUUCCAACAAUGAUGAGGAUGUGCCUAGGGAGUGUCUCACCCAUCCUUGGUCCACCUGGAGCGACUGCUCCUCAAAAUGUGGCGCUGGCAUGCAGUACAGAAGACGUGUCUACAAGCAGCCGGAACUUGCCAGGAUCUACAAUUGCAAUGUGCAGCAGUAUGAGGAACGUGAGUGCCAAGGAGAGAUGUGUGGUCAAAGUGGGCCCAUGAGGGAGCCAGAGGAGUUUGAGGAUCUGGAGCCAGAUCCCAGGAGGAAUGGCUAUCAAUCGGCCCAACAGCGACGUGCCGAGUGUCAAUUGGGUUCCUGGGGCAGCUGGAGUCCCUGCAGCGUCACCUGUGGCGAUGGUUACGAGAUGCGUCAGAGGCAGUACCUCAAUCCCCAAGCGGAAUCGGAGUGCCAGAGUGUCCAUCGCAUGGAUCUCCAGGAAACGCGAAAAUGUUCCGGCAGAGCUUGUCUGGGCAAUUUACCGGGAUCCUAUAAUUCCGACAUGGAUGAUCCCUAUGGACGCACUGGAGGUAAUAUGUAUGGACCUCCAAUUGAGCAGGAGACAGAGAACUUUGGAGACUACGAGGAGCCCCGAAAUGGACCAGCUGGUGGCUUCGAGGUGGGGAACCUUAAAGGAAACAAUGGCAACUGGGCAGUUAACAGGAUGCCAGAGCGGCAGACGAAUUUGGGAAGAGUUCCUCCGUCCUUUAAGCAGUCAAACUUCGACCGAGGCUACGAUCCCCCCGCCAGGACAGAGCGACCCACUUGGCCUGGGCAACCACGUUCCAGUGAUCCGCGCUUGGAGGAUGUGGAAAGGUCUCCCUGGCAGCGUCAACGGCCCUCCAGCAAGUACGGCUCAAUCCUGGAUGCCCCAGAAGUUGAUUCGCCUAGGCAGCCAUGGCAAAGGACACAAACUAAGUACGGCAAUCAGGGCAUCUAUGCACCUGAAGGUGAUAUGGACUCAUCGCUGUCCAACCGCUGUUUCCAAAUGGUCCAGACAACGCAACCCCGUUGCCAGGAUCAAACGGUUACGGGCCAGUUCUGGUUCUACAACUUCUGUGCGGAUGAGUGCAUGUUGUUCGCAACGGAUCAGUGCGAUCGCAAUUUGAACAAGUUCAGUCGAUGGGAGGAUUGUGAGAGGUGUCGCCAGCCGGAAAUGGGUGCACUGCUGCAGGAGCACUCCAAUUCGCCGGAGUGCCAGAAUCUUCGAGAAAUUUGGCAGACGGAGGAGCGGGCCAGGGAGGAGAAGCGUGCUUCGAACAGGAGGCGCAACUACGGCGGUUACAGGCAACGGGCUAGAAAUUAAUCAUACUUCCUAAAAUUAGUAAUAACUUACCUAUGAAGGAAAUAAUUUCUUUAUAAAACUAAAAAACGCAAAAGACUUUUGUCGUCUUUGUCAAUACA